AUGACACUUCAGACUGUCACUUGGAUGAGCGCCUUCCUCUGCCUCGCGCAAGUUUGCUCCAUGCCCAUGCCUUGCCAGCUACAAGGACAGCUGGUGCGAAUAACCCACAACCUACUGAGAGACAUGGGGGGUAAUUUUCCUCUGGAGUGCCUGCAGGAGAAUGUCUUCGUGGCAUUCCCAGCCACCGCAUUUGCAACCUCCGGUGCGCCACAGUUGAGUAGCAGUGGUGCUAAGGCUAUUUAUGAGACAUUGAAGAACAUCGACACAUUGUUUGGAGCUGACGACCUGCCUACUAAGUGGGAUCAACAGAAGUUGGAGAAUUUUCAGAAUAUUGUAUACCGCCAGAUUGAAGAGAGUAAAUGUAUGAUGGGCAGUGUGGAUACCAGUGAUUAUCUCAUCAGGACAGAAGGACUGAAGACGUACUUUGGGAACAUUGCAGCAGUCCUAAAAGAAAAGAAUUGCAGUUACUGCGCCUGGGAAGUGGUUCGAAAAGAGCUCCUGUACAGCCUACAGUUCAUUCUGGAACACAACUCUGAUUGCCUUCUGUGGGCCAACAGAACAUGAAUUUGAACUUGCAGAUCUUUUUUUUUACAGUUGUUUGAU